AUGAGCCUUACCGUCUUUUCUUUCUGGCCUUAUAUACUUUUUGCUGUCAUCGAGCCUCUCUGCUGGUUUAUCCGCAUGAAAUUCGCCAUUGCCCAGUUGCUCGUCCAACUCCCCAUCAUCUCAACUUCAGACGCCGUUAUUUCACCUUAUCAGCCCAUCGAAUCUUCUUUUAUUCUCCACAUGCUCGCCGCAAACUUCUACUACACCAGCUCCGAUCCCCGUAUCAUCCGCCAAGUUGUUAACGCCCUCGCUUUCAACGACAUAGCAGAUAUCAUUGGCCUGCUUGUGCGUCUCGAUCAAGGCGUUCAGUGGUCUAUUAUAACCUGGUUAAGCAUUUUCGUCACUCUAUUUCUGUUUACGAACCGAACACUAUAUCUGCACGGCCUAUUUGACAAUACUGUGAAGGAUGGGGAAAAAUGA